AUGGUCCUCUUCGUCAUUGGCCUCGGCCUCGCUGAUGAGCACGACAUCACUCUCAAAGGAUUCGAGGCCGUCAAGUCCUCCGAGCGAAUCUACCUCGAAAGCUACACAAGCAUUCUCAUGGUCCCCGGAUUCAAGGAACGUCUCGAAGAGCUCUAUGGCAAGUCUGUCAUCAUGGCGCAUCGUGAGACCGUCGAGCUCGAAGCAGAAUCCAUCCUUGAAGGCGCUGCUACCUCUAAUGUAGCGUUCCUCGUCGUCGGCGAUCCCCUCUCAGCAACAACACAUACCGACCUCAUCCUCAGAGCAAGGCAGAGCUCACCUCCCAUUCCCGUAAAGAUCAUUCACAACGCCAGCAUCAUGACCGCUAUCGGGUCCAGCGGCUUGGCAGGCUACAACUUCGGCCAGACUGUCAGUAUCCCCUUCUGGACCGAGGAAUGGAAGCCAGACAGCUGGCUCGAGCGCAUCGGUGAGAACCUCAACAUCGGCUUGCAUACGCUUGCGCUCUCCGAUAUCAAGGUUCGCGAGCAGAGCGCAGAGGACAUGAGCAGAGGCAUUCUCCGCUAUCAGCGUCCAAGGUACAUGCUCAUCCCUCAGCUCAUCUCACAGGUCGUCUCGGCAGCACAAUCUCACAAGGCAGAUUACCUCCAUCCCGAACGCACUCUCGGCAUCGCCCUUUGCAGAAUGGGCUCAGAGGAAGAACGCAUCGUCUCUGGAACAUUACAAGAGCUUUUGGACAUGGCCAAUCCGACGCCCGAGCAGGCGCAAGCCGAAGAGGCAGAAGACGAUGCAGAUGAGCUGGCCAGCGAGGCUCAGCUCGAAAAGCGUCGUGCUGACAGAGCUGAGGAGCGUGCCAAGAAGGCAUUCGGAGAGCCACUACACAGUCUCGUCAUUGUUGGCAAGCGUCUGCAUCCUUUGGAGCGCGAUUACGCCGCCAGCUACGCGUCUUCCGGGAGCAAGUUCCUCGAGGUCGCCCGGGAGGUGUAUGGUUGCAAGGAAUAG